AUGAAGAGUCUACAGUACUUAGUCUUUGUAUCAACCCUACUACUUUCCUCUAUUCUUCUCGCUGAUAAUUCUUUCCCUGAUCAUACUAUUGACGUCAAGAUUGAAGAUGGAGUCUACAUCCUUGGUGAUGAUACCUUUGAUGCCUUUGUAGCAAGCCAUGUGCUCGUAUUAGCUGAAUUCUAUGCACCAUGGUGUGGCCACUGUAAAACACUGACACCCCAAUAUGCAUCUGCAGCACAUGCUUUAGCGGACUCACAUCCUGACGCAAAGUUAGCCAAGAUUGAUGCGACGGUGAACAAGGAAUUGAGUGCUGACUUUGAUAUAGACGGUUUUCCGACCAUGAAGGUGUUCAAGAAUGGACACCUGGUUGGCGACUACCAUGGCAGGGACAAGGAUGAAAUUGUUAAGUAUAUGAUGGGUAAGAUGGGGCCAUCGACUGUGGAUGUGAAGGAUAUAAACGAGUGGAAUGCUUUCGCAGAAGCCCAUGACGUGGCUGUCUUGGGUGUGUUUGAGGAUCUUAGUGGUGAAUCGGCACAACAGUUCAAGACAGUGGCGGAUAUCUCCGACGAUGCCUCGUUCGCUCUGUCUUCUAGUAUUGAACUUCUAGCCGAGCUAAAAAUCGAAUAUGCCGGUGUGAUUCUGGUGAAGGCAGACGGUCGCAGUGACUACUCGGGUGAUUUGAAUGCCGAGGAUCUCAAGAGAUUUGUGACCGUUGAAUCAGUUCCGUUUGUGCAUGAAUUGACGCUAGCAAGCUCUGAGAAGAUAUUCACCAUGCCUAUAAGGAAGCACAUGAUCUUGUAUCAUAAGGGGUCAGAAGGUUUGGCGGAUCUGAAAGCGUGCUUCAGGGACGUGUCGAUGGCGUAUGCGGGCGAGGUGCUGUUCGUGACUGCGGACACUCAGCUGGAGUUCACGGAGAACUCUAUGCCGUACUUUGAAGUACAGAAGGAGUCCCAGGCCAGCCUGCGGGCCGUGGAUCUCGAGGCUGAUAAAAAGUACCGAACUGUUGGUCCUACCACGUGCCAGGCCAUCACGGAUAUGAUAGCUGGAUAUUUGGCUGGGUCACUGGAACAUAUGGAAGACGCUGAAUCAGACCAUGGCCACCACGAAGGGAAGGAUGGUAUCAAGGAAAUGCCUCUGCCGUCCGAUUGGGAUGCUAAGCACUUGAAAGUGGUUGUAGCAAGUAACUUUGAGAAAGUUGUGCACAACCCCGAAACGGCCGUUUUUCUGAAGUUAUAUGCCGAGUGGUGCGGCCACUGCCAAAGGCUAGCGCCCAUUUGGCAAGACUUAGCCGAUGUGUUUGCGGCAAACGAUGGCCUUGUCAUUGCCGAGGUUGACGCGGAUAAAAACACGGUACCCGUUCAGUUGGAGGGUGAGUGUAUCGGAGGUUUAUGGACACCUGUACUCAAUUAUGUUUGUGAUGAUGACUUUAGUGUUUGA